AAUAAAUUAUUUCCAUCUCAAAACCCUUCUACAAAUCCUAGAUAGAUUGCCCCAUUUGAAUGAAACCUGGGACUUCAAGAUUACCCAAAUCUUUCACUGUCGGAAUUGAUCAUCACUUCUAUUCAAUUCUUCCCAUCUGUUUUUUCUAUUUAAACCCUAAUCUACUUCUCUCGUUACAACCCCCAAUUUCUGAUGGGUUGCUACUGAUUUUCUCAUCUGGGCUUUGCUCUUCUUGGGGUUUAAUGAUUAAAGGGAAAAGAACUAUAGAUAUCUUAUUGGUCAACUCAAUCUCUUUCCUUAUUUCUUCUUGGUGUUGGAAUUCAGCCAUGUGAUGAGACUUUGUGGUAACGUCCUGGUCAAAUAGCUCAAGUUUGCAGUUUUGUGAUUCUGUUAUCACCCAAAUGGUUGCAGUUUUCAGGAGGUAAUCUAAGAGGACUGCAAAGCAAAAGUAUGGCUCCUGGAGGUAACAUAUACCAGGAUGUCGCUGAAUCGCGUGCUGCACUUGCUGAUUAUGGUGUCAAAUCUGCAAAUGUUGAAGGAAGAAAUGGCCCCAGAUUAUGUGGUUCUGCCGGUGGAAGGCCAGGAAUGGCAUCAAACAGCGCUGUGCACGAGCUACUUGAGUGCCCUGUGUGCCUGAACGUAAUGUGUCCGCCCAUUCAUCAGUGUCCAAAUGGGCACACGAUAUGUGUUGUUUGCAAGUCUAAAGUGCAGAAUAGUUGUCCAAUAUGUCGGCAAGAGCUUGGAAACAUAAGGUGUUUGGCGUUGGAGAAAGUUGCAGAGUCGAUUGAGUUGCCUUGCAAGUACCAUUUUUACGGGUGCCUUGAUAUUUUGGCGUAUCACAGCAGGAUGAGGCACGAGGAGAAUUGCAAGUAUCGUGGGUAUAAUUGUCCGUAUGCAGGUGCAGAAUGCUUGGUAACGGGUGAUAUUUCGUUCAUCGUGGCACAUCUGAAAGCGGAUCAUAAUGUUGAUAUGCAUGAUGGGUAUAGCUUCAACCACCGAUACGUGAAGCCCAAUCCUCAUGAAAUCGAGAACGCUACCUGGAUGUUAACUAUAUUCAACUGUUUCGGAUACCAAUUCUGCUUGCAUUUUGAAGCAUUUCAUCUGGGAACAGCACCGGUUUACAUGGCGUUCUUGCGUUUCAUGGGGGAUGAAAACGAUGCCAACAAGUUCAGCUACAGCCUUGAGGUUGGAGGAAAUGGGAGAAAGUUGAAAUGGCAGGGGAUUCCGAGAAGCAUUCGUGACAGUCACAAGAGCGUUCGUGAUAGUCUCGAUGGGCUGAUCAUAACUCGGAAUAUAGCGCUCUUCUUUUCGGGCGGAGAUCGGCAGGAACUGAAGCUCAAAGUGUCAGGGAGGAUAUGGAAAGAACAGUCUUGAAAGAAAAAGGUUUAGCUUUAAAGUGGCAAAGGGAUUCUUAUUCCAGUGUAG